AUGGCGCCUCCAGCAGCUGGGAGCGGGUGACCGGCGGCUUGGAAGCGGCCUGGGUUGGCCCUCCGAUUGCGGGGUCCUGGGGGCAUCUCGCCAGGUACCACCCCCGGCCCGCCUACAAGGCCUUCCCCGGGCCAGAGCGAUGGCCGCCGAGAACAGCAAGCAGUUUUGGAAGAGGAGCGCCAAGCUGCCGGGGAGCAUCCAGCCUGUGUAUGGAGCACAGCACCCUCCUCUGGACCCUCGGCUCACCAAAAACUUUAUUAAAGAACGGUCAAAAGUCCACACGGUUCCUCUGAAGAAUAAGAAGGCCUCCAGUUUUCAUGAGUUUGCCCGGAAUACCAGUGAUGCUUGGGACAUUGGUGAUGAUGAGGAAGAGGACUUUUCUUCACCUUCUUUCCAAACUGUGAACUCAAAAGUUGCUUUAGCAACUGCAGCCCAAGUCCUAGAAAACCACAGCAAGCUGAGGGUGAAACCAGAACGAUCCCAGUCGACAACAUCCGACGUUCCUGCCGGCUAUAAAGUCAUAAAGUCCAGCAGUGACGCCCAGCUGUCCAGAAAUUCCAGUGAUACAUGCCUGAGGAACCCACUCCACAAACAGCAGUCACUCCCUCUCCGACCCAUCAUCCCCCUCGUUGCCCGGAUCUCGGACCAGAACGCUUCUGGGGCACCCCCGAUGACUGUCCGGGAGAAGACCCGCCUAGAAAAAUUCCGUCAGCUUCUCUCCAGCCACAACACCGACUUAGAUGAACUGAGGAAGUAUAGCUGGCCAGGGGUUCCUAGGGAAGUUCGACCCAUAACCUGGAGACUCCUGUCGGGCUAUCUCCCAGCAAACACCGAGAGGAGGAAGUUGACCCUGCAGCGGAAGAGGGAGGAAUAUUUUGGCUUCAUUGAACAGUAUUAUGACUCUCGCAAUGAGGAACAUCACCAGGAUACCUACAGACAGAUUCACAUUGACAUUCCAAGGACGAAUCCUCUCAUUCCGUUGUUCCAGCAACCACUUGUACAGGAGAUCUUCGAAAGAAUUCUAUUUAUUUGGGCCAUCCGACACCCUGCCAGUGGGUAUGUCCAGGGAAUUAAUGACCUGGUCACUCCGUUCUUUGUCGUCUUCCUCUCAGAAUAUGUGGAAGAGGAUGUGGAGAACUUCGACGUGACCAAUUUGUCUCAGGAUAUGCUGCGAAGCAUUGAGGCUGACAGCUUUUGGUGCAUGAGCAAGCUGCUGGAUGGGAUCCAGGAUAACUACACCUUUGCACAACCAGGGAUCCAGAAGAAGGUCAAGGCAUUGGAAGAGCUUGUCAGCCGGAUUGAUGAGCAGGUACAUAAUCACUUCAGGAGGUACGAGGUUGAAUACCUACAGUUUGCCUUCCGUUGGAUGAACAACCUGCUUAUGCGGGAGCUUCCCCUUCGCUGCACCAUCCGCCUGUGGGACACAUACCAGUCUGAGCCAGAAGGGUUCUCCCACUUUCAUCUCUACGUGUGUGCAGCCUUCUUGAUCAAGUGGAGGAAAGAGAUCUUGGAUGAGGAGGACUUUCAGGGUCUCCUCAUGCUGCUACAAAACCUACCUACGAUACACUGGGGCAACGAAGAGAUUGGGCUGCUUCUUGCCGAGGCGUACAGACUCAAGUACAUGUUUGCCGAUGCCCCCAAUCAUUACCGCCGAUAGGUGCUGCCUCCCCGUGUGGACCCAGACUGCCCCCAUCUCUGAUGGCAAUCUGAUCACUGUGGCCACUGUGCGAGCCGUGGACCCCAGCCAGGAACCACUCCUGCUGUAAAAAGCUCACAUCCGCCGCCCAGGUCUUAACUUUUUGGCGUGCCUGUCCACCAGUCGAUGUCUCCAGAUGGGUCUCUUGGACCGCUAUCAGUAUUCCAUGCCGUGUGGAUGGGCCCAGCUCUGGGAGAGGACAGAAAAGGAGGUACAGGGUUGUCUGCCCCUUUAAAAGAAACUGGACAAAAGAAGGGGAAGACUCAGGGUCUCAACUCACAUUGUCCCUACACAGACUGGCUAUCUCUUGCCUCCCAGCCCCAACUGAUACUGUUGUUUUUUGUGACAUAGUUUGAUUGGAUCACAGGUCAAAAACGCCUUAUGUUUUCAAAAGACUCCUGGUCCCUCUGCCCUCUCACCUGUUCCUAGCCCUUUCCCUUCUACCCUAGUCUGAGCCAGUGAGGGGCAGCUUUUUAAGACCAUUGUUCUCAGAUGGAGGAGGCACUGAUGCUUGUAACUCUGGGAAGAGGCCUACACCCAAGGGCUAGGAAUUUUAUUUUUCCUUUUCUCACCAGUUUGUGUGUGUGUGGGUAUACACACCCAUCAGCGUUUAGUUACAUGUCUGAAUUUCUGUAUCCAGACUAGCCCCGUCAAAACCAGCUGGCAAGGGCCCCAGUGACCAAGUGUACAAGCGUCCCUUGAGAAGGAUCAGGGCAGGGGAGGGAGAAGGGGCUUUUUACCUCUCCAAACCCUUUUUCCGUGAUGACCCACUCCAAGAUAUUAUGUGUAAAUUGUGUUAUUAUGUAUAUGGUUAAAGAUGUACAAAUAUAUGUCCUGUUUGUAGCAGAUAUGAUUUUAUAUUUAUAAUGUACAUCAACAUGUGAAAGCAAUCUAGGUCACUAGCACAGACGAAGUUGCCAGACAGGUGGCUUCCGCGCCUCCAGGUUGGGUUCUGGGUGCCCUCCUGUGAGGGAAGUGAAUGGGAGUCUGCUAGAGCGAGCAUAGCUGAGCAGAUGGAGCUGCUUUGAAAACCACUGGCAGCCAUCCCAAGCAUCAGUGUCUCAGAGUUCUCUCCUCUUCUCUCUUCCCACCCCUCCCCGGGCCUUUCUGGAGCAUCUACCCUGCUCCUUCCCCCUCUUCAGCAGAGAGAGCUCUCUACCCUUCACCCCAGCAGCCUCCCAGAGAGAAGACUAGAGGCAUAAACCCUUCUGCAUGUUUUUAGCCCCUGCCUUUCCCCCAGAAUCUGGGGAGGGCUUUUGUUUUUACAUUUUUAAGUCAGCAUUGGAUUCAAGACAGAAGCUGUGACUGACUUGUCCGUGCCAAGGAAAGAGGUUUCCUGUGUGUCCCUGGGGUUUGGGGCUCUUCCCAGAAAGAGACAUUCGAUGUCGCCCACUGUCACCAUCACAGCCCACACAGCUCAUGAGAGGUGUGACCCAUGUUCAGUUUUUGGUGUUUGGUAAUGGAGAAGUGGGAGGGAUGCAAGCAGCUGGCAAGCAGCUGUCAUCCUCUUGGGAAGUCAGGCAGUGUCCCCAGUGGGUGACACCCUUGAGUCUCUGCCAGUGAAGCCCCACCACGCUGGCAUGUUGCAUUUCUCACCUGGAGCUGUUUCUCAGGCAUUCUUCCUAACCCUUUUCCUUUUCCCCAUCAGUGUGCCUCGAUAGUCUCCUUCACAGAGUGAGAGGGCUGUGACCUCCCUCAACCGGACUAAUUAAAGAGAGACACUUGUGUUCCCAAGUGGUGGUUUUAUUUUUUUAGUUUUUAUGUUUGUAUGGGAAAUUGUGGAUGACGUGAAAGAAUUGUAAAUAAAUAGUGUAUUUCCUCCUCCA